AUGCAAGGAAAAGGAAAAGAAUUGGUAAUCUUGAAGAGAUGGAGGCCAUGCUGUCCAAUGAUUUUCGAACAGCACAAGAACGGGAAAAGGAACGUUUGGAGAGACAAUCAAAACGACAAAAUGAAAUGGACUAAUCACUCAAAUGGCCUUGUUGGUUUCUUCCGAAUACUCCCGUUGAUUCAAACAAUUGCCGAUGAAGACUUUUUCGAUGAACCGGAACAGUCCGAAGAGAAGAAGUUAAAAAUGGAGCCAUCAGAGCAUGAGAUUGUCACUUUGAGCAGCGAUGAUGAGGAUGAUAUAGUGGAAUUGGGAGAGAGAAUUGCACAACGACCACCAGCAAUCGGUCAGGCAUACACGAGUUAUGGAAGGCCGAUCUCAUUGAGUAAUCGCGGUCGAUGGGGCUCUCAUCAUGAAGAAGUAGCUCAACAAAAUCUUCGACAACAACGAGAAUUCGAAAAGAAACGUUUACGCAAACGGAGAAACAGUGGCGAUUUGGAGAGCAAAGAGCUAACGGAGGGGAAGCUUUUGACUCAACUCAGGAAGGCCUCAUGGCGAUCCCUUCCGCUCCUAUGUAGCUCCUCAUCUCACUCACACUCUUCCUUAACCCCAUCAACUCGCUGGAAUUCGUUUCAUGUU